AUGGUGGCUUACUGGUUCUGCACGGAUGACCUGGUGGCGGCCGAAGUGACUUAUGUAUCGGAGGGAACGCAGAGACAACUGGUAGUUUGCUCAGCGUACCUCCCUUACGAUAAGAAAGAAUCUCCUCCAACCAGGGAACUGAGGGACCUGGUGGCCUGGUGCGAGAAGGAGAAGAAACAACUCAUCGUGGGAUGUGAUGCUAACUCACACCAUACGGUGUGGGGAAGCAGCGAUGUCAACGAUCGAGGUGAGUCUUUACUAGAUUUUCUUUUUAGUUAUAAUCUAGAGAUUUUGAAUGUCGGGAACGAGCCCACCUUUGUUAUAAAAAAUAGAAGUGAAGUCAUCGAUAUAACAGUGGGAUCGGGACCGAUAUGUAAUAAUAUUGCGAGGUGGCAUGUGUCGAAUGAGCCGUCAAUGUCGGAUCAUAGACAUAUCCACUUUGAAAUUAUAACGGAUUAUAAUCCGCAAGUAAGAACCUACAGAGACCCAAAAAGAACUGACUGGGACUCCUAUAGAACGGAGUUACAGGCCAGGACUAGGGAAAUCUGUACAAAACUAAGGAACACAUAUGAUCUUGAGAGGGCCGUGGAGGAACUCCAAAACGCCGUCACAAGAUCAUAUGAAUACAGCUGUCCUAUCAAAGUGAGGUCCGAUAAGCACACCGUACCCUGGUGGAGCAAGGAACUCACGCAGUUGAGGGGACAGACAAGAAAACUAUUUAAUAGAGCAAAGCGGACAGGAGAGUGGGAGACUUAUAGAGCAACCCUCACUGAGUAUAAUAAAGAAAUUAGAAAAGCGAAGAGAGACUCAUGGAGGAAGUUCUGUGAGGAUAUUGAUAGUGUCCCACAGUGUGCUAAACUCCAGAGACUUCUCUCUAAGAACGGACAUACGAAACUCGGGUCUCUCAAAGCACCGAGUGGGGAAUAUACCAAAACUGGAAGGGAGACAUUGGAAUUACUUCUAAAUACUCACUUUCCAGGCUCCAGGUUAUUAAAUCAUGGAGAUGAAUAUGACUGGAAUCACCAGCAGAGGGUAACGACCGGGUCUCGACAGAACUGGGAGGUUGCCAAGACGGUGCGCCUGAAGACACCCAGAAUUACAAAAAUCGUCGAUCUUUCCGAUAAAUUCACCGACCUUUCCAAAUUUCUACCGUCGUGCCACCAGGACCAGACAUCGAGCACCCCUACUCCGUAUCACCGGACGAUGAGCACGUCCUAUGCCAAAGCCUCCCUGAGACCGCCGACGAGAGACGAGGGAAUAAAACCCAGGACGAGGCGCAUCCGCGUCGUGGCGCCCAACGUGGGACUACCACCGGUGAUAGGCAACCGACCUACCUCGUAG